AUGGCAUCACAGAGAAUCACAGCGCGCCUCAUGGCGCAAGCAGUGCGGCCAGCCGCUGUCACCAGAACUACGGCACCACGAGCCAUCCGCGCUCUGAGCACCAACCCGCGUCUCCCAUCUUCAAGACCACUUCUUCGCUCGCCGAAGCUCGCCCCAGCGCUUCGAGCCGUCCCCUCUGGUGUACGAACCAUCUUCAUCCAGACCGAGUCGACACCGAACCCCGACGCCCUGAAAUUCCUCCCCAAUCAUCGCGUUAUCCCGGACGAUGGCAGCAUUGCGUCCCCCUUCAUCGAGUACCUCAGUCCUCGUGCCACCAUCUCGCCACCUCACCCCUCGCCCCUGGCGGCCAAGCUGAUGAACAUUGACGGCAUCACAAGCGUCUUCUACGGCAGCGACUUUAUCACAGUCACCAAAUCAGCAGACGCAAACUGGGCGCACGUCCGACCAGAAAUCUUUGCGCUGAUCACAGAGGCUAUUACGAGUGGCGAGACGAUUGUGAACGUGGCCGAGCGCAAGGAAGGAGAUGCCGCCGCGGAGGAGGACAGCCUGGCGUACAACGAGAACGACAGUGAAGUCGUCGGCAUGAUCAAGGAGCUCCUGGAGACAAGGAUCAGGCCCGCCAUCCAGGAGGACGGCGGUGAUAUCGAGUUUCGUGGUUUCGAGAAUGGCAUGGUGGCCCUGAAACUGCGCGGUGCCUGCCGGACAUGCGACUCGAGUACCGUCACCCUGAAGAAUGGCAUCGAAAGCAUGCUGAUGCAUUAUAUUGAAGAGGUGCAGGGUGUCCACCAGGUCUUGGACCAGGAAGAGGAGGUGGCUCUGCAGGAGUUUGCCAAGUUUGAGGAGAAGCUCAAGCAGCAGAAAGGCGCGGCACCAGCAUAG